UAACAGCUGUCCGUCAACAUCGUGCAUAUACAACUUGUAGGAUUGAAGUGCGAUAAAACCGAAUGAUUGUUGUCCUUCCUCAAGCUGCAAAGUAAUAAAGAAAUGUUUUGUAUAAAUACCUCAGUGCAGUGAUCAACUGGUGUCAGUCAGCAUCUUGACGCGACACGACAGAAAGAAACGUUUAUGUAGAGGUUCUGGUACUGAAGGAGCUUUGCAGGAUCCAUCACCAUCUCAUAACAUAUAGAUGCAAGGUCGGCUGAUGAUGUGUUUUCAUGAGGAAGGAUAUACUAUGGGCUUCGGGAAGUGAAGUGGUGUACAGAUGUUUCUUCAGUGCUUCAAACAUGUUAUGUAAAAUUGCACUAAUGCUAUUAAUUUUCACUGGAAAAUGUGCAGCAGAGCAUUUGCUACACAUGUCGGUUGAAGAAGUAACAGCUCACAAUUACACAUACUACAGUCUAUCUUAUGAAGGAUACAUCAGACUUUAUCUGUACUCCCUAAAUGGUGAUGCUGAUCUGUACGUAUCACAGUAUGUUUCAAAGCCAACAUAUGAUCCAGGACUGAACUGUGCUCAGUCAACAACAUGUGGGGUGGAUGUUGUAGAUAUUCCAAGAAGUUUCAGGCGACCUGUUGGGAUUGGAGUCUAUGGCCAUCCAUCACAUCAAAGAACUGAAUAUCGUCUUGAAGCAUACUAUAUUGAUGAUGAACAUGAUAGUGGAGAUGUAGAUAUCCGUUCCUCAGGCACUGUGGAGACUGGGAGCACUGGUGUACCAAAGAAAAAGAAAGCUUCUGAUGACACAACUGACGAAAGUGUGAUAUGGUCAUUCGUAUUUUACAUUUUUGAAGUUGCGUUUGAUAUAAUGUUUAUUUGACGAAUUUGAUAUUUGCAUUUGUAAUGUUCCUGAGAGUCCAGGACAAUGAAGUGAAUGAAACAAAGUAUUUCAUUGGUGAAUUCAGGACUUCUUCCUCCAGAAACAUCAGUCAUUGGUGUUAAAAGGUGACACUAGUGUGCUGUGAAUAAUGAGCUUUCCUGUGAUGAAUUAUCACAUUAUCCUAUGACAGAAUGUGUCCGAUGUUUUUUAUACUUCGUCCAUUUAGAUGACUUUCAACUAAAUAAUUGUGCUUGAAAUUAAUAUUUCAAGCAUUUGAACAUUAAUUCCCUCAACUGUUUAAGUGUAAGACAUAAUGGCUUGACUGAGUAUUGUGUGGAAUUACACUGCACUGGUGUAGCUAUACUGUGUUAUUGUCUGGAUAGUACAAUAAAUAGUGGCCAGUAUCAAAUACUGCGGCAACAGCUGAAAUUACGUGUAGUGUGGUAAUCGUGUAUAGUUAAUGCUUUAAGAUGAUUUAAUGUACAACUCAUGUCUUCAAAGUGUGAUAUUCUGAAAUGUGGCACAGUCACUACAUUUCAAUAUGUUUUUUGUCAAACAUUAUUUACGUUGUGCUGAUGGGCAGUUAAUACUCCACCCGUUUUAUGUGCCAUUCGAGAGAAAGGUAUUUGAGUCAAUGUACCUGACAGAUUAAAACUAUGUACUAAUGUGUAACAUGUGCAUAGUCUGUUUCUCUUGGAAAUAUUAAUAAUAUAUCUAAGUAGUCAACAGUCUCUCUUCGGUGUUUAGAAAAAUAGUUUGUAAGUAUUAGUAGAGUGAAGCUUUGAAUUAAAGUAAGUGGGGUGCUCUGAAGAAUCAGAUGAAAGAGGCUUCCCUGCAAUAGGCAAAUAUUAGGGUUUGAAGUAUGAUUCACCAUGUACCUUUAAUCUGCCAAAAAAUUUAAUUUCAACAUACAAUCCCUCCACUGUAGUGUCGGGUACAUUAAUGACAUUAACAUAUUUUGCAUGCCAGAGAGAACUAUUGUGCUUAGGUUAUUGUUAUAAGUUUCUGGUAGGAUGGUUAUUCUUCCUCUUUCGGACUUCCCAGAUUUUUAUUGUAUGAGUUGGUAUUUCUGUACGAAAAACACUAUUGUUUAUCUCUGUCAAUCUAUCCAACUACUGAUCUAGCCAGUUAGUCCACCUAAGUCAGUCACAAAGGGUUGUUCUCUGCUUUACGCUUCAACAGUCUACAGUCUAAAACUACGAAGUGCUGGUGUCAAGUGAAUAUUCUUGUUGUUGUUGUGGUCUUCAGUCCUGAGACUGGUUUGAUGCAGCUCUCCAUGCUACUCUAUCCUGUGCAAGCUUCUUCAUCUCCCAGUACCUACUGCAACCUACAUCCUUCUGAAUCUGCUUAGUGUAUUGAUCUCUUGGUCUCUUAUAUACUGAAUUUUCUUAUAUACUUAUAUACUGAAUUUUCUUAUAUACUGAAUUUUCUUGAUUCAGAAUCUGUUUCUUCAGAAUAUGGCAUUUCAUUUCUAUAUUACUUCAUGUAAGUAUUUUUUCUUAGUUGUUUCAAUGUAUUUAAAUGGAGAGACAGUAAUAACUGUGUGUCACAGGUCUGUAAUUGAAGACAGUGUAAUUUAUGUUUCUACCUACAUGGCAACAUCUCUUUUUUACUAAGUUCUAGUUUUCUUUGGUUCCUACUAGCUUUUGGAUGCUUAUCAUUGUUGCUAUACAUAUAAGAUGGCAUAAUAUUCUCUACGGUUUGUGAUUCCUUUUGUGUAUGUGAUCUGCCCUAAGUUUAGAAGCUGUGUUUUAUUAUCGAGACACAAAAUUGACUUUCUCAUCCAGUAUAUCUCAUGUGUCCAUUGACUAUGGAACUGGAAAUACUGGUGUCACAUUAUGUGUGUGUGUCUCUCUCUCUCUGUCCUGAUUUCAUGAAACAUGCAUUCUAAGUAAUCAUUGUCCUAUGGAGCACUUGAAAUGCUGGUGAUGUCAAGAAUAUUCACAAACAUCAAAAGCAUAAGAUCCUUUGGGUAGUUUCCAAAGUACAUUCCCAAAACAAAAUCAGUACUCUUAUCUGUGGACUGUGUUGCUGUCAUUGAGAAAAUGGUGGAUGUCAGUGGCUUCUUACUUUAUUAUUUACUUACAGUGAGUAUCAUUUGCACCCUGUUCUUUGGUAAUGUUUAGUUGCCUAUUCCAUUCAGAUACUGUUGUAAUGUGUUGGCUGAUCACUCAGCAUUAUCUGUCCAUUUCAUCGAGUAGGUUGAAAUAGUGAAAGUAUUUGUUAAUGUAUUAUGUUAUGAAAACUAGCCCUAAUAUCAUUAUAGCAAUGGAAAGUCCGUUUUGAAAUGUAAAUAAUGGUCAAAGGUCAGUCCAAAGAUAGUGGUGGUCUGUUCUUUUGAUCGCUAUUGUCCGUGAUACCAAAAUGGUUGUUAUUUCUUUAAGAUUGAGUAGAAGUGUAGUUCUAACAUAUUGUUGUUUAAACUGAAUGUGUCUAUGGCAUGUUAUGUAUGUAUUCUCCAUUGAAAUAUCAAUAUUUAUUGUGUUACUCCUCAUAUGAAGCCUGCUUUAUGACACAUAUGAAAGAGAUCUUGUGUUAAAUAUUUUUUUUAAAUUUAGGUUAGCAUAGCAUGAUAUAAACUGACUAAACAGUUGUAUAGGACCAAUCUCAUAUGACAGACCUAGGGUGGGCAGUGUCAUCUGAUUAAAAAACCUAUAUUUUUUGUAGGCAGUCAAUUUCUCUUCCCUGUGAGAUGUUUGUAGUUGUCACCCAAAAUGACAUUAAAAACCUUGUCUUCCUUGUACUAUGAAAUUUGUGAAAUACUGUGCUAUGGUUUUUAUUUGUAAUUUAGUCUGAUAAGCACAAAUGUUAAUAAAAUAUUUGUAAUUA